AUGCUGUGGCUAACAAGAUGUUCACGAGGUUCGGGUAGUUCGUUGUUUGGUUGUGUGACAGCUACGAUACAUCGGAGCUGUUACGCAUAAAUUGUCUGCAAUGAGAUGGAUAAUUCCCCGAGAGCUUCGCCCUUGAGUACUUCGAAGUCUCCGUCGGCUUGCCACGACGCCAUUUAUACCAUGUCUUCGUCGUCAGUUCAAAAGGACGUUAUGGAGAGCCCUGUCAUGAUGGAAGACACAGAGAAGGACCUCUACUCUGUCAGCAGUGGUACUCUGAACGAAGCUCCAGCCGGUAUCGAUGCUGAAGUUGCCAGGUUCUUUGCUGAUGAGUCCGCGGUCAUUCCUGAGGGUGUGGUCAUCGACGACGCGACAAAUCGCCGUCUUCGUUGGAUGGUUCAUAAACGUGUACUUGUUGUGAUGGUCGUUACGUAUUUCGCUCAGACUCUGGAUAAGGGUACGAUCAACUUCGCGUCCAUCAUGGGUAUUGUGGAGGACAAUCAUCUACAUGGUCAGCAAUAUGCCUGGUUGACGACGUGUGUUUAUAUAGCAAUCCUUGCUUGGGAAUUUCCUACGAAUCGACUCAUCCAACGUCUUCCCGUUGCGAAGUAUCUGGCCUUCAAUAUAACGGCUUGGGGUGCUGUGCUGGCUUGUACUGCUGCAUGUUCUAACUUUACAGGUCUCAUCAUUGUCCGGACCCUGCUCGGUAUCUUUGAGUGUGUCUGUCAGCCUGCCUUUGUUUUCCUUUCUACUAUGUGGUACACUCGAGAGGAGCAAGCUCUCGUCAUUGGUGCAUUUUAUUCCAUGAAUGGCUUCCAACAAUGUGUCGGAGGUCUGAUUGCAUACGGUAUCGCCCAAAUACAUCACGCCACUCUUAAGAACUGGCAAAUCCUGUUUACGAUACUCGGUUGCGUGACCGUUGUUUGGGGUAUCUUUGUUUUCUUUUGGCUUCCGGACAGUCCGAUGCGUGCAAAGUGUUGGUCGAAGGAGGACCGCCUGUUAAUUGCUGAACGCGUUCGGAAGAACGAGACAGGUAUUCAGAAUCGACAAUUUAAAAUGUACCAAGUUGUUGAAGCCCUCACAGAUCCUACUGUUUGGGCUGUCACGCUCAUAUCUCUCACUAAUGCGCUGCCAACCGGUGGAUUGGGCGCAUUCUCAAACAUUAUCCUGCAAGCUUUCGGCUUCACUCAAUUGCAGACUUACCUGCUUGCGAUUGCUCAAGGCGCUAUCAUCAUGACCUUCUUGUUCAGCGGUGCUUGGCUUUCGAAGCACUAUAACAACAAGUUGGUCUUUGCUUUCUUGUAUACUCUUCCUAACAUCGCUGGCACUAUCGUCUUCCUUACUGUCCCGACCAAUGCACAUACCAAAGUCGGGCUCUUGAUUGCAUUCUACUGCACUCAGGGCUUCGGAGCUGUCGCCGUCCUUAACCUCGCGGUCAUGUCGAACAAUGUCGCUGGUCGCACGAAGCAGGUCAUCGCCUCUUCUCUGGUGUUCAUCGCUUGGGCAGUGGGCAAUGCGGUAGGACCACAAGUCUUCCGCUCAAACGAUUCCCCAAGAUACAUCAAGGCCUUCGUCGCGCACAUUGUCGUCUACGGAGUACAGUUAGCGAUUAUCGUAUUCCUCCGUCUUCGGUUGAUGCGUCUUAACGUUCUCAAGAGACGUGCACAAGGUCUUCGUGAAUCCCAAGCAAACGGAGAAGAUAGGGAUGAGCGUUUGGCGCACAAACAUGCAUUCGACGACCUCACUGACAAAGAGAAUCCUGACUUCCGUUAUGUCUACUAAACAACUCUUCUCAGAUUUAUGAUAUCAUGCUGUUACGUCUAUACUUUAGUUACUCUCUCCUCGUAUUGUACUAUAUGGUCCUUGACCUGUCUUGGUAUGGAAGCUACUCUCUUCUGGACGGUGAGCCUGAGACUCCGUAAAGUUCAUUCACAAGCUUUCAGAACCACAAGUGCGAGAUGGUUCUACCCAGUAUUUCGAUCAUCU